AGCCGACAGCUGCCAGAGUCAGCAUCAUGGUACAGUCCACGGCCUGGGCAGGUGUGAUGACUCUGCUGAUGGUCCAGUGGGGCUCUGCUGCAAAACUGAUCUGCUACUUCACCAACUGGGCCCAGUACCGGACGGGGGCAGCUCGAUUCUUACCCAGGGAUGUGGACCCCAACUUGUGUACCCACCUCAUCUAUGCUUUUGCCGGCAUGAAAAAUCACCAGCUCAGCCCUGUAGAGUGGAAUGACCAACUUCUCUACCAGGAGUUGAACAGCCUAAAGAGGAUGAACCCCAAGCUCAAGACUCUGUUAGCCAUCGGGGGCUGGAACUUUGGUACCCAGAAGUUCACAGAUAUGGUGGCCAUGGCCAGCAACCAGAAGACCUUCGUUAACUCAGCCACAAGGUUCCUGCGCACUCAGGGUUUUGAUGGCCUUGACCUUGACUGGGAGUACCCAGGAAGCCGUGGGAGCCCGGCAGUAGACAAAGAGAGAUUCACAGCCCUGCUACACGACUUAGCUAAGGCCUUCCAGGAGGAAGCCCAGGCCUCAGGGAAGGAACGGCUCCUUCUGAGUGCAGCUGUGGCGGCUGGGCAAGGCCAUGUGAAUGCUGGCUAUGAGGUGGACAAGAUUGCACUGAGCUUGGAUUUCAUCAGCCUUAUGGCCUAUGACUUCUAUGGCUCCUGGGGAAAGACCACAGGACAUCACAGCCCCCUCUACAAAAGGCAAGAAGAGAGUGGGAAAGAUGCUGAGCUCAAUGUGGAUGCUGCUGUGCAACUCUGGCUACAGAAGGGGACCCCUGCCAGCAAACUGAUCCUUGGCAUGCCCACCUACGGACGUUCCUUCACCCUGGCCUCCUCAUCAGACAGCAGAGUUGGGGCCCCAUCCACAGGGCCUGGUUCCCCAGGCCCCUAUAUUAGGGAAGGAGGGAUACUGGCUUACUUUGAGGUCUGCUCCUGGAAAGGAAAACACAGAAUCAAGGACCAGAAAGUGCCUUAUGCCUUCCAGGGUAACCAGUGGGUGGGAUUUGAUGACGUGGAAAGCUUCAGAGCCAAGGUCAGCUACCUGAAACAGAAGGGGCUAGGAGGGGCCAUGGUCUGGGCCUUGGACUUCGAUGACUUCACUGGUUCCUUCUGCAACCAGGGCCAGUACCCUCUCAUCAGGACACUGCAGCAGGAGCUGGGUCUUUCAUCCGUGCCUACAAGAAGCCCAGAACAGGAAGUACCAGGGCCACAACAGCCUUCUGAGCCCGAGCAGGGACUCAGCCCAGGGCUAGACACCUUUUGUCAAGGCAAAGCUGAUGGGCUGUACCCCAACCCUGGAGAAAAGUCCAGCUACCUCAGCUGUGCAGGGGGCCGGCUCUUCCAGCAGAGCUGUCCCCCAGACCUGGUGUUCAGUGUCUCUUGCAAGUGCUGUACCUGGGGUUGA